GUGACAGCACGUGGUAUCGUGUGAGGGAAAAAUGCUCUCCAGUGCGUCUCCUCCUACAACAUCGACUCCUGCAUACGGGAGAAAGCAACAGAAAGAGCUUCAGGAGCAGCAGCAUCUGAAUCCAAGGGAUCAUUGAUGCCAAGAGCCGGAGUCGGAACAAGUGGAGACAAGUCGUUAGCCCCCGGCUGUGGGUAGAGAGCUCCUGAGCAGCGAGGAAGUGAAAUCCGUUGCCUUGGCGCCUCCGCGCUGCGCGAUGCAAGGGAACAGUAGCCGAUCCACAUUAAGCGCACAAUCCUCGGGCACACCGUCGGCGUCCACGAUAUCCUCGUCACAGGGAAAGCAACAAGUUGUCGAACUAUCCGGCUAUGUCAUCAUACUCGUCGAGAAUGUGGAAGGGAAAAUUAAACUAUAUGGCUCACCGCCCGAUCGCGAUAAUCUGGAAGUGGGCGAUGAGAUACUCGAGGUUAACGGCCUUUCACUGGAGAACAUAUCGCGCACAGAGGUCAUACGCCACAUACACGAUUGCAUAAAAUCCUGUACGAUCUGUUUGCGGGUGCGCAAGAAGAAUGAUUCUCGAUUGGCCUGGGAUAUUGGGAAUUCGGUGCAGGACGCGUUUGUCAUUGCCGUCGAGGAGCACGCCCGGGAGCGACUGCAGCGAUUGGCGGCUCUGAAUCGAGUGACACCCGUGGACAUAACCCAACUGUCAAAGAAGCUGCAGCAAAGCGGCAAGAGCGGGACAUCGACAAGUCAGAAGCCGCAGGACCUCAGCUUCCUGAACGACUCAACGCCGAUCUAUGUGACGUCCUUCACCAGCAAUCAGAUCACCUGCUGCAGCUCCACCAUGACAACGGCCACGGCGGGCGGGCCCAUUUCCGCUCCAAUGCUGGCACCCACCACAGCGACCUGCACGAUGCCCACGCCCGCCGUCGAGCAGCAGUCGGCCUGCCAGGGAGCCUCCGCGCUGGUGAGUGCCGCUGUGGCAGCGGCCACGGCCGCCGAUCGCAACGCCAACAGCACCACCGCAGCGGCCCUCAAGCAGCAGCGGCAGAAGCAGAGCAGCAGCAUAGCGGCAGGCAGCUCGACGAGCAGCGCCACCGGACAGAUCUACCAGGCGAGCCAGGCUCAGCAGCAGCAGCUGCAGCAACUCCAGCAGCAGCUGGCGGCAGCCGCCGCUGCGGGAAAGCCCCUCCAGGCCAAGUCCCUGCUCGCGAGCAGCCUCCAGCAUCUGGCCGAGGAGGUGGACAACGAGGAUCUCGACGACGACGACGACGAUGUGGACGGGGCCAACUAUUGCGGCAUCACCUACAUCUCGUACAACAACAAGCACGCUCAGCUACCCACGACGACGCUGCCGGCCAGCACAACGCUCCCGGCGGCGGCGGCCACGCUGGCCACUACGGCGGCGAUCCACCAGCAGCGGCACCAGCAGCAGACUCACGUCCAGACCCAUAACCGCCCGGCACCGCUGCAGCUGUGCGCCAGCGAUGUACAGUUCGUGGAUGCUGGCACCUCAACAUCGCCUCUGCUGGCCGCCACCAGCAUUGUGACGGCAGCGGAUAUCGCCCUGCCGCCCAGUGGCGGCCAUUUGCAUGGCACAACGACACCAAAGACCGAGUACUCGACGGCCAUCUCAAGCGGCCAGCUGCAGCAGGCCUUUGCCGAGUUGCAGUUGCAGCACUCCACGAAUAACAACACCUCACAUCAGCAGCAACAGCAGCAGCAGCAGCAGCAGCAGCAGCAUCACCAUCAGCAACAGCAACAGCAAAAGCAGCAUCUGCAGCAGCAGCAGCAAUCACAGCCACAGCCACAGACUCAUUUCCAUCAGCAACAUUUACUUUUAAGCAACAACAAUAAUAGCAAUAAUUCCAUCGCAUCCAGCGGCAUGGCACCAGCAGCGGCCACAGCGGCAACAGCGGCAGCCACAACGGCAUCCGUGAUGAAGAAUUGUGAUCUACUGAUAGCCAACAAUCUGUAUCCACCGAGACGAGAGUUACUAGAUGACGUCAUUGUUCAUCAAUCCAGCGAUGUCCAUGCUUUCAACACCAAUGUAGCUACAGCCAACAGCAGCAACAAUCGAUCCCUGCAGCAGCAUCAGCAGCAAUUGCUGAGUGCCGCCUACGAGCUGCAGCAGCAGCAACUCUUGCAACAGCAGCAGCAACUGCAACACAGUCCCACAAGUAGCAUAUCAAUAGGAAGAACAGAACUUUUAUUGGGCGAUCAAAGUCUGCGGCAGGACUCCAGCAGGAAUCGCCGGCGCUCCGGCUCAAGCAUUGUUGUCCUGGACGGUGAUGACCUGAAGCCAUGCCUCCCGGAUGAUUAUAUAAGUGGACAGCAUCAUCACUUGCAACAGCAGCACCCGCAGCAUCCACAGCAUCCGCAGCAUCCACAGCAGCAGCAGCAGCAGCAGCACCACUAUCGCACGCAUUCGAGUGACCUCAGAGAGAUUGACCAGGAAAUGCUGACCAUGCUGUCCGUGAAUCAAGAUAACGGACCACAUCGUGAGAUGGCCGUCGAUUGUCCGGACACGUUCAUAGCGCGCAACAAGACGCCACCCAGAUAUCCGCCACCCCGUCCACCGCAGGUAACAGCAGCAGCAGCAACAACAAACACAACCACACAAGUGGCUGAACAGCAAACGCCAUGCAACAAUAAGUUGCAACAACAGGCAGCGAGCAAUAGCAACAGCAAUAGCAACAGUGGCAGCAACAACAUGGCAGAUGAUUACCUCUGUGUGGUGGAUGGCGGCCUCUAUCGCAGCCAGGACUCUGGCUCACCCACGUCGACAGGCACCUUCGACGAGGUCCUGAGCAAGCAUACCCUGGACUCCUUCGGCAGCAUUGCCUACCGCCACUUGCACCAGCAACAGCAACAGCAGCAGCAGCAGCAAGCGACGAGCAACGGCAACAGCAGCGGAAGUGGAAGUGGAAGUGGAACCACUGCCACGCCCAGCAAUGGGCAGCCGCCAGUGGAUGAUCAGACAUUGGCGAGUAGCAAUACGUGCCACACAAGCAACAGCAAUUCGCUGAACAGCAGCAACAGCUCCAUGCACACCAGCAACAGCAACAGCAGCCACAUUGCCAGUGCCGCCUCCUCCUCGCUGACUAACCCCACCAGCAUCAGCAUCAGCAACAGCAACGGCAGCAGCUCGACCGUGCCCGAUGACCUAAGCCUUGCCCCACCCGGCUAUGAGCCAGUGGUGGCACUGCUGCCCAGCCUGCCACCGAUGGCCAAGCACAGGGAGCUGCCCGUCGAUGUGCCCGACAGCUUCAUCGAGAUCGUGAAGACAGCGCCGCGAUAUCCGCCGCCGGCGCAUCUCUCCUCGCGCGGAUCGCUGCUCUCCAAUGGCAGCGCAUCCACGGUCCAGACCACGCUCUCCUCGCUGCCACCUGCCACUGUUGCCACCGUUGCCACUGUUGCCACCGUUGCCACCGUUGCCACUGUGGGGGCUGCAGCUGGCACUGCCACUGCCACGGCAACGGCAACUGUUGCUGGCGGCAGCAGUGGCAUAGGCAUAGCCGGCGAUGCGAAGCGGGUGUCCGAUGAGCUCAAUGGCAAUGCCAAGCCCGUGCCACCGCCCCGGGAUCAUCUACGGGUGGAGAAGGAUGGGCGGCUGGUCAACUGUUCGCCCGCCCCCCAACUGCCGGAUCGCCGGGCAGCGGGAAAUGGCAACGGCAGCAGUGGCAGCCACAGUCAGCAGCACCAUCUGCAGCAGUUGCACCUCCAUCAGCAGCAGCUGCACCACCAACAGCAGCAGCAGCAGAUCGCCCAGAUUGUGGAGCCCACUCUGGAGCAGCUGGACAGCAUCAAGAAAUACCAGGAGCAACUGCGCCGAAGACGCGAGGAGGAGGAGCGCAUUGCGCAGCAGAAUGAGUUCCUGCGGAACAGCCUGCGUGGCUCACGCAAGCUGAAGGCGCUCCAGGACUCGGCCACACCUGGCAAGGCCAUGGCCAUGGCCCAGCAGCAGCCGGCUCCGGCGGGACUAGCCGCCAUGCCCGCCGGUGUGGAGAAUGAGGCGUAUCUGCCGGAUGAUGAUCAGGCGCAGCCACAGCCACAGCCCCAGCCCCAGCCCCAGCCAGAGCAUAUCGAUGGCUACGGCGAGCUGAUCGCGGCACUAACCCGCCUCCAGAGCCAGCUGAGCAAGAGCGGCCUCAGCACGCUGGCCGGGCGGGUGUCGGCCGCCCACAACGUCCUGGCCAGCGCCAGUGUGGCCCACGUGCUGGCCGCCCGCACCGCCGUCCUGCAGCGUCGACGACCCCGCGUCGGCGGCCCACUGCACCACAACGCCCUCGGCCUGCAGAAGGACAUCGUGGAGCUGCUCACGCAGUCGAACACCGCGGCGGCCAUUGAGCUGGGCAACCUGCUCACCAGCCACGAGAUGGAGGGCCUGCUGCUGGCCCACGAUCGCAUCGCCAAUCACACGGACGGCACGCCCUCGCCCACCCCGACGCCCACGCCUGGCGGUGGCCUGGGAUCGAUGAGCGGUGCCAGCAGUCCGGUGACGGGGCCAAAGAGAGCGAUGGGCGGCGUCGUGGUGCCGCCACCAGUGGUGCCGCCAACGUUGGCGCAGCGCGGAGCAAUGCCGCUGCCGCGUGGCGAGUCUCCGCCGCCUCCCCCGCUGCCCAUGCCGAUGCCCAUGACCAUGCCGAUGAGCGCCUGCUUUGGGACACUCAACGACCAGAACGACAACAUCCGAAUAAUCCAGAUCGAGAAGUCGACAGAGCCGCUGGGCGCCACCGUGCGCAACGAGGGCGAAGCGGUGGUCAUUGGGCGAAUCGUGCGCGGCGGAGCCGCCGAAAAGUCCGGCCUGCUGCACGAGGGCGACGAGAUCCUGGAGGUGAACGGCCAGGAGCUGCGCGGCAAGACGGUGAACGAGGUGUGCGCCCUGCUCGGUGCGAUGCAGGGCACCCUGACGUUCCUCAUCGUGCCGGCGGGCAGUCCACCAUCGGGGGGCCUUGGAGGCCUCGGCCUGCCUGGCAGUCUGGCCGGCAGCGGCGGACUCGGCUCGGGGCUGGGAGCGCACCGGGACACGGCCGUGCUGCAUGUGCGGGCGCACUUCGAUUACGAUCCGGAGGACGAUCUGUACAUUCCGUGCCGGGAGCUGGGCAUCAGCUUCCAGAAGGGCGAUGUGCUGCACGUGAUCAGCCGCGAGGAUCCCAAUUGGUGGCAGGCGUACCGCGAGGGCGAGGAGGACCAGACGCUGGCCGGCCUCAUUCCUAGUCAGUCGUUCCAGCACCAGCGCGAGACGAUGAAGCUGGCCAUUGCCGAGGAGGCGGGCCUGGCCCGCUCCCGUGGCAAGGAUGGGGCCAGCAGCAAGGGUGCCACGCUGCUCUGUGCGCGCAAGGGUCGCAAAAAGAAGAAGAAGGCCAGCUCCGAGGCAGGCUAUCCCUUGUACGCCACGACGGCGCCGGAUGAGACCGACCCCGAGGAGAUACUCACCUACGAGGAGGUGGCCCUCUACUACCCGCGGGCCACCCACAAGCGGCCCAUCGUCCUCAUCGGACCGCCCAACAUCGGACGCCACGAGCUGCGCCAGCGCCUGAUGGCGGACUCGGAGCGCUUCUCCGCUGCAGUGCCACUGUUCUAUCUGCUCGAGGAGCGCCUCAAGGAGGCCAAGAAAAAGACCAAGGCCAAGGAUACAUCACGUGCGCGGAGGGAGGGCGAGGUGCCCGGCGUCGACUAUCACUUCAUCACGCGCCAGGCCUUCGAGGCGGACAUCCUGGCCCGACGCUUCGUCGAGCACGGAGAGUACGAGAAGGCCUACUACGGCACAUCUCUGGAGGCCAUACGAACGGUGGUGGCCAGCGGCAAGAUCUGCGUGCUGAAUCUGCAUCCACAGAGCCUGAAGCUGCUGCGAGCCUCCGACCUCAAGCCCUAUGUGGUGCUGGUGGCGCCCCCCAGCCUCGACAAGCUGCGGCAAAAGAAGCUGCGCAAUGGGGAACCAUUCAAGGAGGAAGAGCUCAAAGACAUCAUUGCCACGGCCAGGGACAUGGAGGCACGUUGGGGCCAUCUCUUCGACAUGAUCAUCAUCAACAAUGACACGGAGCGUGCCUACCACCAGCUGCUGGCCGAGAUCAAUUCGCUGGAGCGCGAGCCGCAGUGGGUGCCUGCCCAGUGGGUGCACAACAAUCGGGACGAGUCAUAAGGAUCCACUGGCAUCAGAGACCAGAGUACCACAGACCUCCAACAGCAGCCAAUCUCCCUCCCCAACCAUCCCCCAAACUGCAACUGCAACUCCGGCUCCUGCUCCUCCCUCAGUCUUUGUAAAUACAACAAAAUUUCCAUCGAGGCCAUCCCAUAGCCAGAGCCCAGGGUCCCUAUAUCUCUGUAUUGUAUAUCCGCCCGACCUAUCCAUAAAUAUUUAUAUUAAUUGUUUGCGAAUGUCCCCAUA